AUGGCCAGCCAGAUGCUCUCCUCUGAGAUCGAGAGUAUCCAGAUUGAACUUCCAUCGGACGAUGUCCUGAGAGAUAUUGGCAUGAUGAGCGCCCACAGUGAUACUAACAGUCCCUUUCAAAAGCGAAGUGUCUCUGGCAAAAUGAAUGAUUCUCAUGUGGGAGACGAGGAACAAGGAAUCCUCUUUCAGCCCGACUUUGAGUUCGACGAGGACGGGAAUAUCGUGGAGCUUAGCCCAUCGCGACUGUCACCGCGAAGGAGCAGGUCUGUCUUUGAACUGGAGGAGAAUGACCGUGAAGAAGCGGGACUGUUGGUACUCACAUCGUUGCAGUCUGAGAACAAGAUCGAGGGAAUUGCAAAAGAUGGUGAUAGGAUGGAGCUCGACAAUCAGAACCCCAUUGACAACGACGAACAACCUGAGGUCCGAGAGACGCGAGUCCGACAGGCUAGAAGGGAAACCAAGUCCAUCAUUGCUGACAGCAACACGACCAUCCGCAACGCAGAUCUGGCGCAGUGGAACGAGGAAUAUGGCUCCAACAUGGCUCAGGCGCGGAAACAGAAGCAGCUCAACAAGAUCCCAACACUGGCCAAGAAAAACGCCGCGUUCUGGGUAUUCGGCAAGGGCAUCGGCUCAGUUGGGAUGGGAUUGGGCGUUGACCAUGAAACUCACCCGCUGAAGUGUUACUCGGGCGAUGAACUGUACGACGUCGUGUGUGUGGUCUUCCGGCAGAACGGAAGAAAGCGCGCCCAUAGCCCUGACGGGGACCAGUCAGGUUCUACGCCUCAUCGAAUGCGUGUCCAUGAUGACAGCGCCCCUGCCACGGAGCAAUUGAUGCUGGAUGUGGAAAUGGGACGUGAGGGACCGGGGAGCCUCUAUGACGACCAUUCCUCGCAGAUGCCAUGGAACAUAACGGCUUCCGUGCAGAGCUCCCAGCGCGGUGGAGGACUGGGUAGCGAGCUGUCCUCGCGAGGAUAUGGCGAAGGCCGAACAUCGCGACCUCGGAGUCGUCUCACGAGUGCAAGCCCGCUCGCCGGACGGAGCUAUUUCGACGGGCGCGAACGCCUGAGGAGCAUGUCGCUCCCGGGUUACGACCUAGAUGACCUAGAGAUCACACAGUAUCUCGAAAGCGAGCUUGCAGCCGACCGCGAGAGUCUCAGCAUGAUCUCAACGCGGCGCCAGUCCGAGGUUCAGCGCGUCACAUCCACUCUCGACCGGGAGAGUCUAAACUUCCUCGAUUUCAUCAAGACCAGUGCGGAAUCUCAAGUCGGACCAAGUUGGAGAGGAAGUGGUGAGAAACCAAGCCAGGUCGCAUUCUCGACCAUCCUACCUCCCGUGAAGACCUCGCGUGCCGUGGCCACGCAUGGAUUGAUGAACGUGCUCACGCUCGCCACGAAGGGCGUUCUGGCUCUCUAUCAAGAUCCAUACGAGGAUGAGAGUAGUGCCAGAUUCGGGACGCGCUACCGGUACGGUGAGAUUCAUCUGCGGCUGGCCGGUUUGUGA